GUAUAGAAAUAGUUACACGUUUUAGUUUUCAGUAGCUAACGAUCUUUGGCCAAAGUGCGAUGUAAAUUAAAAACUUCAAAAUGCUACGUUAUUUUAUAUUAUUUUUGACACUUCAGAUAAUAAUUGUUCUUUCGGAUGCAAGUUCAAGCUUUACAAUAGUGACAGAUACGACAGCUUCCAUGCGGGAAGAAAUUGAAAUACUAAAAAACAAUAUCCAAACAGUUGUGGAUGCAGCACGGAACAGACAUUUUGCAAAUUAUAUUCUUUUGCCUUUUGGAGAUAACGACGUAGGACCACCGUUAGUAACAACAAACCCCGAAUAUUUACUGGAUUUGAUCCAGCUAGUAGAAGUUGGCGGAGGACGCGAUUGCCCAGAGGACUCGCUCGCUGCCAUAGAAAAGGCCCUUCAAAUAAGCAAACCAAAGUCCUACAUAUACGUAUUCACAGAUGCACAAGCUAAAAGCCAAAGCAGACUCGAAGCUAUACAGAACUUGUGUCAGAGUAAAGGAAGUCAGGUAGUGAUAUUUCAAAGUGGUAAAUGUGUACCACAGGGGAUAGCAUAUGGCGAAAACGAAAAUGUUUACUACGAAGUCGCUAACAAAUGCGGUGGAUCCGUUUUUCACUUCCAUUUGGGUAAUUUACAUCAUGCAUUUAAAUAUAUGAAAGAAAUUACUAGUAUAGAAUGGAGUGACGUGGACUCACACAUAGAAUUUUCAGGAAGAAAGCGGUUUACAUUCAUAAUGGAUGUUUAUACGAAGGACUUUAUUGUUGCGGUAUCGGGUAACUAUCCAAAAAUCACGAUUACAAAUAGUUUUGGAGAUAGCCCUCAGAUUGAAAAAAUUGUAGACACACAUGCUUUCCUUGUAAUUCGAGUAAAGAAUCCUGGGAUUGGUGAACUAACCACUGACGUCACAUGCCAAGGCACCGUGAUCACAACGUUUUAUCGAAGAAAAGAGAUAACAUUCCAAGUUGGUUUCUCUCCGUUUAAAGCCAAAAGUCUUCUAGAAACCUCAUCUAGGCCUUUACCAGAUGUGGCUACUUACAUGCUUAUCUCAUUACCAGAGGAGACAGCAGAAUUGUUGAAUGUUCAGUUACAAAUGAUUGAUAAUUUGGAAACUAAAAUGUUGCAAUACCAUUCACUGGAUGAAAGAAGAAAUUUUUACAUCGCAGAAGUGUUCGUUACAAGCUAUACGGCCUUUAGAGUUUUUAUCAGAUGCCGAGAUGAAGUUACUGGUCAAGAAAUAUCAGGCUACAGCAAAGUUUUAGAGCCUCAAAGAAUUGUGAAUGGAAAAAGUGGAUUCCAAAAUUCAGCCCCUCUGAUAGAACUUCUCGAGCUGGAAUCAGUUUUAGUGGACUACCAGACGAAUUAUACGGGAGCAUGUAAAGCUAAUUCUUUUGAAAAACCAGUUAUUUGGUGGGAAAACGAUGCUGGGGAGACCUUGUCAUCAGAGAGUGCACUCCUUCAAUACCCCUCAACAUAUAUUAGUUACGUAAAGAUCGAGAAUGUAAAUAAAAAUGACACGAUAACGUGUAAAUGUAAGAAUGAUAAAGGUGAAGAUGCAGUUGCGUUUAAUCUCUACGUCAACAGAACAUUUACCUUUGAAAUCCUACAGCAGCCCACAGAUACCACAAUUGAGUUUGGUAAGGAAGGAAAACUUUUCUGUGAAGCGAACACAUAUCCCGAAGCUGACAUCAAGUGGUACCACAACGAUACCCUCCUCGAGGAAUCAGAGAAUGUUGAGUUUGUAAACGAUGAACACAUGCUGUUAAUAAAAAAUAUGGGUAUAGAUGAUACAGGGGAGUAUAAAUGCGAAGUUGCUAAUAGUGUGAGAAUUGAAUCUUAUGUGGCCAACGUUUAUAUAACUGGACUAGAACCACCUCAAAUCAAGUUGAAUAAGACGGAGAUUCUGUUGAAACCUGGAGAUUUUACUGAAGAAAAUUGCGUGGUCUUAGCAGGAAUACCAGUUCCGGAAGUCACAUGGAAGUAUAAAUCCGAAGAUGGUAAUUUAGAUUUUGAUCCAGUCCCAGACGGUGUCAUAGUUGAAGGCAAAUCUUUGAAGAUACCAGCAGCUGAGACAACGCAUGGAGGUUUUUACGUAUGCGAAGCAGUAAACCUUCUUGGCACUGAUUCCCAAGAUGUAAAAGUGAAAGUGCAAUAUGCACCUAAAAUCAAGAACGGCGAUGAGAUAAUAACUGUCAAAGAAGGUGAAAUGGUAGAGCUACCAUGUGACGUGGAUGCUGUACCCAAAGCUAAUGUUCGUUGGGAUAUGUACCAGGAUGACGUUAUCAUAGCUUUUGAUGGCCACCAUCAUUCUGAUGAUCGACACACGCAUCGAUUCAUUGCUCACCACAACGAUUCCGGAAUGUACCAUUGCGUUGCUGAAAAUGAGAUGGGCACCGCUACAAGAACUGUAACAUUAAACGUUUUGGUACCGCCGUACAUAGAACACCUUCCGUGGGAGACAUUGACAGUAAGAGCUGGGUCCACAUUGGUCCUGUUCUGCGAUGUAACCUUCGGCAACCCAGUCCCCUCAACGAAAUGGGAGUAUAUUUCUCCAAAGUUUGAGACAACAGUUCUGCAAAGGGGCCAUUCAAUGGGAAAGCUAGACCUAAUUAUAGGAAAUGUAACUCGAAGACAGGAAGGCACUUAUCAGUGUGUAGCGGAGAACAAAAUUGGGCCCGAUACGAUUAAAGUUUAUGUGAAAGUAUUGUAAAAUUUAAUAAAAUGAAGAUAGCAGUAUAAUAUUAAGACUAGUAAAAUAAAAUUAAUAUACUUAGAAAUAAAUAAUUUUCCUACUAAG